CGGGGCUCUUGAGUUGCGAGGAGAGCUGAAUCAUGUUUCAAAGAGCCAUCUUGGAGUACGUUCAAGAUUACAGUACAAAAAGCAGGAUGUUGAACAUCACUUGUAUCUCAUGACUAGAGCAAUGUCAUUAUACCUAUUAAAUACUCAUCCUUUUUAAGUAGAGGGAAUAAUGCCUUCAGUAUGUAUGCCAAAUGUAUAGGACCAUUUAACUGAUUAUAAUAGUUGCCCAGUGUGUAGAACCAGAGAGCUGAUCAGCCAGGCACAUGUUCCAAUGCAGCCAGCACACGGGAUAUAAAACUAGAGUGACCUGAUAAGAGUGGGACGUACUUUGAUACCUUAUCUAUCCUUUCACACCUAGACUGGCCAGUUUGAGCUGCGAGAUGAGGCCACAGCAGCCGCCUGUUGCCAGCAAAGUCUUCAUCCAAAGGGACUACAGCAGUGGCACCAAGUGCCAGUUCCAGACCAAAUUCCCCUCAGAAUUGGAAAAUCGGAUUGACAGGCAGCAGUUUGAAGAAACUAUAAGAACCCUGAAUAACCUUUAUGCUGAAGCGGAGAAACUUGGGAGCCAGUCCUACCUGGAAGGGUGCUUGGCUUGCUUGACUGCCUACACUAUAUUUCUGUGCAUGGAGACACAUUAUGAAAAGGUUCUAAAGAAAAUUGCCAAGUACAUUCAGGAGCAAAACGAGAAGAUCUACGCUCCACAAGGCCUCCUCUUGACUGACCCCAUUGAGCGGGGACUAAGAGUUGUCGAAAUUACCAUUUAUGAAGACAGAGGUGUGAGCAGUGGAAGAUAAACCUUUGAUGUCAAAGGGACCAGCGAACCGGUUUCUGCUCCUUUCCUUCCUUCUGUCCCUAGCACCCUUUCCUCUGCUUUCCUGAACUCCACGGUGCCAUUUACACAAGGACUGACUUUCCAGACUCCUGUUCUUUCGUGGGGCAGCCCAGCGCAGGUGGGCAGCAUCCGUCUUGCUUUGUUCUACCUGAAGCUCCAGCAUCUCUCAGGUGGCCAAUUCCUUUGGCCCAGAAGACCAACUGGGAAUGACCUCAAGGCAGUGGGAAAACACUCGGGUCGACUCUGGGCUUCUAUCCGCUUCUGGAGAAGAAAGCAACCGUGUGUUGCGUUUCGGAAAAUGAGGCCUAUCCUUAUGAAGUACAACCUGCGGAUUUGUCAAGAAGGGACCCAAGCUUUGCCGACUAACUCCGCUAAGAAAUCGCAGAGGGGUUUUCAUUUUUACUGCUGGCGUAUUUGGGGAUAUGGAGCUUCCUGCUCUCAGUGCUCAUUUGAUGAGAAGAAGCCGUCAGCCGUGCGUUAAAACAUGAGGAAAAGGUGGCAGCCCCAAAAUACGUCGUGUUAGCAAAAGUGUCACUUCUCGGCCCCCCUCCGCCUUUCAAUGUUGAAUAUGUAAAUGUAGGUAAUGAAUAUGCUUUUGGGGUUUUAUAGAUGUUUUAGUUUAGGGCAGACAGGUUUAAAACAACCUAGAAACGGUGUUCAGUGCGUCAGCUAUUUCUCCUUUCCCAGAUGUCGUCUCUGCAGUACUUCUACUUGUGCUCGACAUUCCAGCGUGAUGCUUACAAAAAUACCUGGAACAUUUUACCCCUGUAUCAAAAAUAAUAAUAAUCAAAGAUUCUUUGUUCCGUUCCCUCUUCUCUGUCAAAUGUGGGUUACUCUCUGUAUCUCUUUGACUCUAAAACGGCAAAGUAAUUCUGCUGCGUGGAAGAUUGCUCUUCUCUCAUGACCAGGUAUUCGGGAGUUUGCCAAACAAGACCAGUUUUGAAACUGGUGGCAUAGUUUGUUCGUUCGUUCGUUUUUUUUCUGUGAGCAAUAGAAGAGACACCAAUAGUGGAUCAAGGUUUUCAGGUGUAUAAUUCUCCAGUCCCCUUUCUUCAUUGUUUUCUUUAUCCUGUUUAAAAGUUUAAUAUUUGAAAUAUAUAUAUAGAAACUCGUGAGCUGUUUUUCUAAUCUGUAACAGUAUUUUGCCUUUUGCACCCGUUACACUUGACUUUGGGAAGUAAUGGCUUAGUAACCUUUUUUUCUUAAAUAAAUGGUCAUUUGCUAGCA